AUGCUGACUCGAGCAGUGGUCCCUUCCAUGGUACCUCGUUUCGACGCCACCAUCACCUCCUCCGCCUCCCGCCAAUGUGAACUUCCCAGAGCCUUCUUCGGCCAUCAGCUCACCUUCGCCCCCACUUCCGCCGCGUCUCACGCGCAACCGUCGAAGCUCCCACGAACCUUCCCCUGCGUUCGCAGCAGCGUGAAUGGAAACGAGCCCGCGGCGCGGCCGUCCCGUCCCGAGUACAUCCCGAACCGCAUCGACGACCCUAACUACGUCCGCAUCUUCGACACCACGCUGCGCGACGGCGAGCAGUCACCCGGCGCGACGCUCACCAGCAAGGAGAAGCUCGACAUCGCGCGCCAGCUGGCGCGGCUCGGCGUCGACAUUAUCGAGGCUGGCUUCCCCAUCGCGUCGCCCGAUGAUCUCGAGGCGGUGCGGACGAUCGCCAAGGAGGUGGGGAAUAACAUCGACCCGGUGACGGGGUACGUGCCCGUGAUUUGCGGGCUGGCGCGCUGCAACAAGGCGGACAUCGACGCGUCGUGGGAGGCAGUGCGGCACGCGGCGCGGCCGCGCAUCCACACGUUCAUCGCGACGAGCGCGAUCCACAUGGAGUACAAGCUGCGGAAGUCGCCCGACGAGGUGGUCGAGAUCGCGCGCAGCAUGGUGGCGUAUGCGAAGAGCCUGGGGUGUAACGACAUCGAGUUCAGCCCGGAAGACGCUGGCAGGUCCGACCCCGAGUUCCUGUACCGCAUUCUGGGCGAGGUGAUCAAGGCGGGCGCGACCACUCUCAAUAUCCCGGACACGGUGGGGUACACCAUGCCCUCGGAGUUCGGCGAGCUCAUCGCUAAGAUCCGCCAGAACACCGAGGGCGCUGAGAACGUGAUCAUUUCGACCCACUGCCAGAAUGAUCUGGGGCUGGCAACGGCUAACACUCUCGCGGGUGCCAAGGCAGGAGCGCGGCAGCUGGAGGUCACCAUCAAUGGGAUUGGCGAGCGGGCGGGCAACGCGUCGCUGGAAGAGGUGGUGAUGGCAAUCCGGUGUCGCGGGCAGGAGCAGUUCGGAGGGCUGUACACGGGCAUCAACCCCAAGCACAUCGCACUUUCCAGCCGCAUGGUGACGGAGUACACGGGCAUGCUGGUGCAGCCACACAAGGCCAUCGUGGGCGCCAACGCCUUCGCGCAUGAGAGCGGCAUUCACCAGGACGGCAUGCUCAAGUACAAGGGCACGUACGAGAUCAUGGCGCCAGAGGACGUGGGCAUCGUGCGCAGCGACGCCGCAGGCAUUGUGCUGGGCAAGCACAGCGGCCGCCACGCCCUCAAGACGCGCCUGCAGCAGAUGGGGUACGACUUUGACAGCGCGGAGUUGGAUGAGGUGUUCAAGCGGUUCAAAGCGGUGGCGGACAAGAAGAAGAUUGUCACGGAUGGGGACGUGGAGGCGCUUGUGUCUGACUCGGUGUUCCAGCCCAAGACCAUCUGGGAGCUCGCUGACCUGCAGGUGGUGUGUGGAACCAUGGGGCUGCCCACAGCGACAGUGAAGCUGGUGGGGCCUGACGGGGUGGAGCAGAUCCAGGCGGCCAUGGGCACGGGGCCUGUGGAUGCCGUUUACAAGGCCAUCAACAAUAUCGUUGAUCUGAACGUGGAGCUCACAGAGUACUCGCUCAACUCAGUCACAGAGGGCAUUGACGCCCUGGCCUGCACGCGCGUUGCCAUCCGCUCCACGGGGGAUGCGCACAUGGCCACGCACUCGCAGCACGGCAGCAUCGAGAGGACCUUCAGUGGCAGCGGUGCUGACGAGGACAUUGUGGUGUCAUCCGCGCGCGCUUACAUAAGCGCCGUGAACAAGAUGCUGGGCUUUGGCGACUCUGCAGCAUCAAUUGCCAGCCGGCACCACGUCAACGUAGCGUGA